AGGUGGUGACCAAGCUGACCCAAGUGUCCACGGACACAGACCUGCCCCAGUUUGUGCUGACCCAGAGGAAGGACAAAGACUCCCUCACCUUCUACGUGGCUUUCCCUGACAACGGCUUCUACAAGUUCCAGAUUUUUUCCCUGGAGGAGUCCAGCGAGUCGGAGUCACUGCCCAAUGUGUACAACUACCUGGUGGAGGUGAGUGACAACUACAAGCCGCCCACGGGCUACGUGAAGACCUACACCAAGUUCUACACCGACUGUUGCUGGCUGGAGCGGCCCCGGAGCUUACACCAGGGCUCCCCGCGACUGGACGAUGUCCAGUUUGAGCUGAGGGUGCCGGGCGCCCAGAAGGUGGCGGUGCAUUGUGGGGAAGAGUGGUUCCACCUAUCGGAGAAGGACGGCCAGUGGGAGGGGCGGGCUGACCUUGACAGGUACAAGGGCAAGGACGCCAAGGUCACGGUCAACGCGAACUACAACAAGGACGACAACUCGUACAGCGUCUUGUUGGAGUACCGGAUCUAACUGUCCACACACACACACACACAUAUACACACACAUAUACACACACAGAGUACCGGAUCUAACUGUCCACACACAA